GUAGCUGUUUAGUGUGCUUAUUAUUUCCAUUUCCCCGCGUUUUUGCAAUUUACGUAAAACAUAGAAUAACAAGAUAUAUUUUUAAAUUAUUAACUGCUUAUUAAUCAGUGCUUUUUGAUUUAUAAAUAAGUCGUUUAUAUUACAUAUAUUAUAUCAAAAUGGGAGAUCAUGAUGACUUUGAAGAUAGCCAAUUCCCUGAUAACGACGAGUUUGUACCGUACGUAACUGCCGGCAACCUAGCACAAAGAAAUGGAGCAAAAGUUACCCUCUGGGGUAAAGUUACUAAAGUAUCUGCCAGUGAAGGUUUUCAUGUAAAAACUGUUGACGACCAAGAAGUUCUAAUAAGAUUACAAAAGCCCCAAAACGAACCACUCGAAGGAUGGUACGAAAUUCACGGUGUGUCGCAAGGAAAAAGUAUACUAUGUGAUGAUUACGUGCCUUUUUCGGAGGAAAUGACUAAGAAUAUUGAUACUGAAAGUCAAAAAGCUCUAGCAAAGUUACUUGCUGCUCUUGAUGAUCCUUGGAAUCUUGGCGAUGACGGUUCUAGUGGACUACAAGGUGUUACGGCGAUGGAGUAGGUUAUAAGUAACUUUAUAAGUAAAAUAUUAUUAAGGGUUUAUUCAAAAUAAAAAAUUUCUUUGGUUUAA